CGAGCAAGUGACCAUCUCCUGUGAUGCUCGCGGCCAUCUUCUGGUUAUUACCAUAUUCUUUCCUCUUUAUCUCUGUUACACAAAGGAGAGAGCCCUAGAGGGACUUGAGGCUUUGUCGCCGCAGUAUCCGCCUCCAGCGCCGCUUGCUCUUUCAGCUCCUUUCGGCCUUGCCAGGAGGGCCCGAACCACAGAGCGAUCAGUACUUGAACAAUUGAAUAUUUGUUUCUUGCUGAGAACUGUCUUUCAAACUCUGGUUCUUGAUAUAUACUACGGUACUUUACUAUGGCAUCCCCUGCUACGUAUGACAAUGGCGAGGGCUCGUCAUCCCCGAAUCGUCGGUCUUCUCCGAUCGCGGCCUCCACGCACCGCUCAGGUUCUCCGGUGACAGAUGCCUCUGUACGGCAAGCCUCCAUUGCUCGGCUCGCAUCUCCAGUACCUUCCGUACCCAACUCCUUCUCAUCGAGACAGGUCCCGGUUCCGGCUCCUACAGAUACAACUCAAGAUCUUCCCAAAAUCGAUAAUGUCUCAUCUCUACCUGGGCCUGGGCAAUCCAUGAUUGCGUCUGCUCUUCAGAACAGCCUUGGCCGAUCUCCGCCGAGAUUCGAAUCGUCUCCCAGACGGACGGCAUCCCCUGCAUUCAAUCAGAGCGUUCAAGUUAGGUCGAAUUAUGGCUCGUUUGGUCCUGGGUCGUUCAGAGAGGGAUCGGAGUAUUCUGCAGGCCCGUAUGAAGAUCCGGAGAUCAUCAAAAGGCAUCUAGUGCAACCUGUCGAGAAUGCGGAUACUCAGUACUCGGGGCCUGGGGUUAGCAAUGUAGACGAUGAGUUUUCGAGUCUGCAGCUCCAGGGAGGUGACAUCACAAGACAGGUCUACAGAUGGGCUGAGGAUGCGGAAGAAGGAGGCUCCCUCCGAAAGCCCCAGCGCAGCAGAAGUUUCCAUCUCAACCGUCCUACACCCGAGAACGACACCAUGAAUAUUAACAGCAUUCGCGUACCUGGCGGGUUCCGAAGGGAUUACCUGCGCAGGACAGCAGGAAGCCCUCACCCCGGCGAUCCGGAAGCAAGCGACGGCGCUUCACCUGGUCCGCCUCAGCUACCCACAAGUAGUUUCCUCGAGUUCCUGACACUGUAUGGGCACUUUGCGGGUGAGGAACUGGAAGAAGAUGACGAGGUACUUGGACCUAAUGAGUACUUCUCGUCCGAAUCAUGGGACGAAACCGAUGAACGGGAACCAGGCGAAGAGUCUGCGUUACUUCGUCCCGAUACGCCCGGCAAGAGAAAGCGCAAGCCUCGUGGAGGAACGGGAACAAACACUAGAACCGGAGCUGCUCUUCUCCUGCUAAAGUCAUUCGUUGGCACCGGGGUUUUAUUCUUACCAAGGGCCUUUUUGAAUGGGGGCAUGCUUUUUAGCAGCCUGGUACUGCUGGCCGUUUCGUUACUCAGCUUCUACUGCUUCAUUCUUCUUGUAAAUACGCGACUGAAGAUUGAUGGUUCAUUCGGUGACAUUGGUGGUGCGCUCUACGGAAAACAUAUGCGUCGAAUCAUUCUUGGUUCGAUUGUCCUUAGCCAGCUGGGCUUUGUGUCUGCAUAUAUCGUGUUUACGGCCGAAAAUCUCCAAGCUUUUGUCCUCGCCGUCAGCAACUGCAGGUCUUUCAUUGACAUCAAGUGGAUGGUGUUGAUGCAACUGGUUAUCUUCCUCCCGCUAUCGCUGAUCCGCGAUAUCAGCAAGCUUGGAUUUACCGCCCUCAUUGCGGACUUGUUUAUCUUGCUUGGACUGAUCUAUCUCUUCUACUACGACAUUUUUACGAUAUCUGCGCAGGGUGGUGUUGCCGAUAUUGUAAAGUUCAACCCGGCCACAUGGACACUCUUCAUCGGAACCGCCAUCUUCACCUACGAGGGUAUUGGCCUUAUUAUUCCUAUCCAGGAGUCAAUGAAGCACCCGCAGCAAUUUACCGGUGUCUUGGCUGGUGUCAUGGUGAUCAUCACAAUCGUCUUCCUUUCGGCCGGUGCAAUCAGCUAUGCUGCCUACGGCUCUGCGACCAAAACCGUGGUCAUCCUCAACCUUCCACAAGAUGACAAAUUUGUGAAUGCCGUUCAGUUCCUUUACUCGCUGGCCAUUCUCCUCAGCACCCCACUCCAGCUUUUCCCAGCCAUUCGAAUCAUGGAGAACGAGCUCUUCACGCGAAGCGGCAAGUAUAACCCUCUCAUCAAGUGGAAGAAGAACGGCUUCCGGUUCUUCCUUGUCAUGAUCUGUGCUUUCGUCGCAUGGGGUGGAGCUGAAGACCUUGACAAGUUUGUAUCGCUUGUGGGUAGCUUUGCCUGCGUCCCUUUAAUAUACGUGUACCCGCCUCUUCUGCACCUUAGAGCCUGUGCAUGCUCCCGACGACAAAAGAUCGCAGAUAUAGCCCUUACCAUCUUCGGUAUCGUUAGCUGUAUCUACACUACGUCCUUGACGCUCAACAACUGGAUCAACGGCGAUAACACCAAGGCCCCUGGAUACUGUGACACAUAAUACCAGAGUUAUGCCCGCUCCUCAAUACCACCAUCCUCGUCCCUUCACGAUACUGCCCUGGCUUCCACAUCAGGAGGGGAGCCAGCGUCUAUAGAAUAACAAACAACAUACACAGGUUCCGCGCAGCGAUGCAGUAACCUGAGCUUAUAGUUAGAUUCAAGAUCUCUUUCUCGUUGGCGCACUGGAUUUACCCCGGUUCAUUUUGUGGUACGUUCAAGAUACCUAGCGAUAUUUUGGAUUCCAUGGCGCCAAUAUAACGCUUUAGCCCAUAGCUUAGCUUGCAGCUUUCCUGAAUACUACUUAGAUGGAUCAUAAUCCUCGAGGCUAUUAUGAUGAUUUGUACCUUCUUUAGGCAAUGUGUAACGUAUUAAAAGUACAUUUACUAUAGCACGCAAGGAGCAGGAAAAUAAAUAUCGCCUUCUGACAUGCAAAGACAAAGAAACGCAAACACCUCACCGACCACAGCCACUUACAUUCUCUAUAAGUACAGGGUCUAGCACUAAUAUAUAAGUAACAGUAAGAAUUGCCAGACGAAACCACAUCAAUCCAACCGAAACCAUACCAUUUCACUCGCCUUUCAUUACGCACCAGCCUCAGUAGCCGUCUUACCCUGCUGCGCUCCCUCCGCGGCAAGUUUAGCUUCACGGCCUCCCCACCUGCAUCAUCGAAGCAUGUUAGCAAUAUACUCACGGAAUAACUCAACCCCCGGGAACGCGUAUUGCCUGGCAAAUACAGGGUGGAAGGGAGCAAGGGUCUGGUGCAACAUACUUCCAGUAGUUCAGAUAACGGUAUCCCUGGGUACACUGAGCGGAGAAGUUGAUGGCGUGGCAAGCGAAGAGAAGGUAGUUCUUAGGAGAGACGGCGAGGGCGUAGCGCAUGAAGGUUGCGGAGUAGAUGACCAGGGCGCCGGUCAUUUGGCCGGAGAUGCUGUUGGUUUGAUAACGAGUUAGCUCCGCACUUCAGUGAGGUGAGUACCUCUCUCUUGCUAUGCAACUGGCGAGGGGGAAGUUCUUAUGCUAAAUUGGGACGCACAUUUCAGGGUCCUUCUGUGUAUCCAUCACCGCCGCAACGGGGAUACCGAAGUUGGAGACGGGGCCCCAGAAGUCUAGAUAGGGCAAGUCAUCCGUUAGUUAAUUGCCUUCUCAAAUGCCAAGUCCCUCAGUUAGUGUGCCAUUGCUUCUUCAGGGCGGAGCGUAAUCUAGUCCGCUUCGAUGUUGGCCGGUGUAGGUAUAAUACCACCGCGGACUCUGGCGCGGCCGAUCUCGGGAACCGGAGUGAGAGAAGGGAAAAGCUGGGUUGCAACGUACGUGUUGAGCAAACAUAGUCGGCGACCUUGUUGGACCGGAUCUUUGCAUUGAUUGCCUUGAUUGCGGCGGCCAUCUUGCAGAGCGUGGGGGUGAAUGAAAUGAGACAGCUGCUGGUCGGCGACAGACAGAAACAAGAAUUGGGGACAGUCA